CAUUGCUUACAAGUUACAUUAUAUGACUGUGUACUGUGUAGUUAGUGUUCUAAGUAAUUAAAAAAAUUAGCUAAGGUUUAUUUAUUGGGUUAGAUACCUACGCUUAUCUUUAAAAUCUACAACAAUUCUUUAUACAUGCCUAAUCUGAUUACGUGGACUCUGGGCGGUCAAGUUUAUUUGAUACGUUAAAUCACACGUAAAAUGUUGUCGCGAUACGUUGUGUCUCAAGUGAAACAUAAUUCCUACUUCCUAGUGGGUUUGGGAAUAGGGCUAUGGCUUGCCUUAGUGACGGUACCGCUGGAGGAGGAGGUCGCUGCUUGCGAUACGAUGACGGUUGCAGCACCCGAUGAGUAUGAACCUCAACGUGAAGAACGACCUUUGGGAUCGAGGAGCCAACCUGGACGUAGUGUUCAAAGACCACGGUAUUACAGCACUGAGCUUGGCAUGCGGAGUGGACUGCUUACAGGUGUCUUAAGCUCAGAGGAAGUGCUAGAAACACGAGCAGCAGCACUUAAUCGCACCGCAGCACGUUUACAACCCGCCUUACGAUUCUUUAUAACCGCCAGUGCAUUGCAGGAAGCCCCUGGUCGUGCCAAUGUAGUUGGCUUCACAGACACGAGAGAAAUGCUCAAACCAUUCCAUGCCCUCAAGUACCUUGCAGAUAAUUACUUAGAGGAAUAUGAUUUCUUCUUUCUGGUGUCGGACAUGUCAUUUGUGAAUUCACGGCGUUUAACAGAACUGGUAUCCAAACUGAGUGUUAGUCAAGACAUCUACAUGGGCACUGUAGCAAAUGAUGAUACACAGUAUUGUACUUUAGAGGGUGGUAUAUUGUUGUCGAACUCGGUUCUCCGUGCGGUGCAUGGAGAACUGGACUGGUGUGUGAGAAACUCAUAUUCUCCACACCAUCAUGAGAAUCUUGGUCGCUGUGUCUUACACGCUGCGCAUCUAUCCUGCGUCAGUGAAGUACAAGGAGAGAGUUAUGUGUCAGUGUAUGUGAACACAGCCGGCAACGGCGUGGGCGGUGUCCUGACUCCUGAAUUGGCCGAUGCUGUGGUGGUACAACCAGCUAUAGAGCCCAGUCACUUCCAUCAACUACUUGCUUAUAUCUCAAGGGUAUACCUAGAGCGCGCUCAAAUGAGCAUAGCACGCGAGCGAGGACAGGCGGCGCUUAGCGCGCGGCGCCAUCCGCGCGGGUACCGGAACGCGUCGUGGCCCGCCGCGCUCAGAAAUGAUGUUGGCUUAGCUACGCCCAGACCACCUUCGAGGUUUGACCAUUUACGCUGGACGCGUUUCAACGCGACGCACGCGUUCAUGCCGGACGACCAUCGCGUCGUAGCUCCACUCACCAGCGCGUACAAAGAAGCAGUUCAUUUAAUAUUGGAAGAGGUUCGCGCAUGGGCAGCAAAUAGAUGGAGCACAGUCGCAGACGCGGAAGAAACAGGAGUUGUUACUAAAAUAUCACCCAAGGAUAUUACGCUGGAAGAGGGCGCGUGGUGCUGGGAGCCUCCGGUGGCCUUGCGGUACCGGCUGUUGUUGAGGUUACCUGCGCGAAAGGCUGAUGGUACAACAAAUCCUCGAGGAGCAUUGGUCCAAGUGGAAGCCGCGCGAGCAUUAGGCGCGACCAGGCUUGCGCCCGCGCGUUACGUCACUGAGAGCGCGCGCGUCACGCUCCUACUGCCCCUGCCAGUAGAGCACGCGGCCACGGCGAGCGAGUUCCUGCACAGAUACCACACAGUCUGUCUGCAGAAGGAUACCAACACCGCGCUCAUCGUUGUAAUAGUCCCCAGAAUCGAGUUGCCGAAGAAUGCGGACAAUUCGACAUUGCAAGCAAUACGUAAAACGGAUAACUCAACACUGCAAGUCAUGCGCAAUACGGUGAAGAAUUUUACGGAGAAAUACCGUAACUCGCAGAUAGACAUACUAGAGGCUCCGGAUUUGCCUGUGCCUUGGGGAGAAGGACGUGUUUGGAGUGAGACGGAGAUACAGAAGCAUGCGGCUCGAAUAGCCUUGAAUACCGCAGUGCCGAAGUUACAGCGUGACGCGUUGUUACUCCUGUCUAUCCCUUAUAUGGAGUUUACUGAGGACUUUCUAAAUAGGGUCCGAAUGAACACGAUUCGCGGCGAGCAGUGGUUCCUGCCGCUGCCGUUCGCGCGGUUCGCUCAGUUCGCGAACCCGCUGUUCGUGGACGCGGCCGGCGUCAAGCCUACGCAGAACACGGGCCGCUUCCCGACCGCCGCCGCGCCGCUGAUCAUAUCUUUCUACAGGCAGGAUUAUAUUGCAGGCUUAGAGUCGUGGCGUACAAAUGGCGGGCCCAAAGACGUGGCAGCGGCAGAUAUUUUGGCCGCGUCCCCGUUGCGUUGUAUCCGCGCGCCUGAACCUGCUCUACUGUUGCCUCCCCGGGCUGAGCCUUGCACCCCCUGCAACCCUGUAGCACCCCCUCACAACGCAACCACGGACCCUGCAAGCGAAGCCCGUGUAGCGUGCUUGUUCAGAGAGCGUGAUCGCGGCUUCCCAGACCUUCAGCUAGGUGCCAGGCACGCUUUAGCUAAACUUCUACUCCAAACGCAAGCAGACCUCGACUGAAACUCGCGGGGGUAGAAGAAAGCCUAUGAAUUAUACCCAACACGUUUACGAAUAAUAUAUUGUCGU